GGUAUCGCAGCGCAUGUGUGCUCGGGCUGAGGAACAUUCUGGGCGUUAUGACCCUGGGAUUUAAAGACUUGGAGCACUAUUGGAUUGACUUCUGGAAGUACUUCUCCAGGACCUGGAGUUUGCCUCUCCUCCUUUGAAUAUUUCCUUACCUCCGCCCGACCUAAUAUACGUGCAGGCAGGCAGGCAUGUUCGCACUUCAGGGGCGAGCUGAGAGCAACAGAUGAAUAGCCCUACAUCAUGGCUCCGGACGCUGGGUGCGCAAAACUCAUCCCGCUGCUCCUUUCUUUGUGGAUGGUUUUAUUAAGGCCUGGGGAGGCGCAGUAUGAGAAGUACAGCUUUAAGAGCUUUCCGCAAAAUGAUAUCAUGCCACUAGAAACCGCAUACGCCUAUGCAUUGGACCAGUAUGCGGCACAGAACUGGAGGGAGAGCCUGAAGUUCCUGGGGCUGAGUUUGCGUCUGCACCGCCUGCUGAAGGACUGCGACGCUUUCUGCAGCCAAAACUGCAGCAGCGUCAGCCGGGAGCACGAUGCACUUUUCACGGACAGCACCCUGCAGCUGGUCCGGCACGUCCUACUGCGGGCGUCCUGCCUCAAGAAGUGCAAGGCGAAUUUCCCGGUGUUCACCGUGUCCUACCCCAGGAGAGACGUCCUGGAUGCUUUCGAAAAGAGGAUACCGUAUCGUUACAUACAGUAUGCCCAGUUCCAGAUCGACAACCUGGAGAAGGCCGUGUCUGCAGCCCACACCUUCCUGCAGAAGAACCCGGGCGACCCGCAAAUCACCAAGAAUAUGAACUACUACAGGACCCUGUUCGAUGUGGAAGAGUACCUCAUCGACCAUGAAGAGCGGCCGUACGAGGGUCUGUUCCUCAAAGCCGUCAAGCUCUUCAAUGCGGGCGACUUCAGCAGCAGCGCCAGGCACAUGGAACAGGCGGCUAGCGAGUACUUCGCGGCUUUUGGCCUCUGCCUGGCGGGCUGCGAGGGCGCUUACGAGGUCACCCAGUUGAAGGACUUCUUCCCUUCGCUGGCAGCUCUCUACACGGACGUCUUGAGGUGCAAGGCGAAAUGCGAGGCCAACCUGACGCCCAACGUGGGGGGAUUUUUCGUGGAGAAGUUUGCCGCCACCAUGUACCACUACCUGCAGUUUGCCUACUACAAACUGAACGACGUACGCAACGCCGCCCCGUGUGCUGCCAGCUACACGCUUUUUGACCCGGGUGAUGAAACCAUGAAACAGAACAUGGUGUACUACCACUUCUACCGUGAGCAAUGGGGCCUGGAUGAGAUUCACUUCAAACCUCGGCCGGAGGCAGUGAGGUACUUCAACCAGACCACCCUGAUGAAGGACAUGUUGGAGUUUGCUGAGAAAUUCCUUCAGCCUGACGAUGAGGAUGUGGUGAGCCCAGAGGAACCAACCUCAAAGGUCACAGACCCCCCCGAUGCAGAAUUCGAGGGUCUGGGGGAUUACGAAGAGUCCUUCGUUGCGGAUUGGUGGCAGGAGCCAAAAAGCAAAGGGGAUGUGGGCGAGCCCAGCGAGUGAACCUGCGAGCACCACGUCCCGGGAAGCUCUCUCGCCUUCAGGGCUCCGGAUAGCCUCCAGGCAGGAGUAUCCGAAAUGAACCAGUCACGACUGUGGGACGCAUAGAUUCCCAGACUGAGUGCCGGUCCUGUUGAAAAGGGUCCAUCGACUCAUUUCCCCAUGUUCUUUUGUGAAGAUGUAUCAUAUUUUGGCUGUUCCUAUUACCUUAUUUUAAAAACUAUUCUUAUUUAAUUGCGACCUUCCUUUGUGCCUUAACCUUUUCUGUAUUAUGCGGUUUGUUGGAUGAAACUGAUUCUCCUGUCAUAUUGCUGUUUUCCGGUUAUAUUUUGAUACAGAUGAUUUUUCAAGGGCAGAUAUAGUAAUAUCAAAAUAAAAAGGAGAUUAAGUUA